AUGAACAUCCUCUUCCUGUGCACCGCGCAUAACUCCCUUUCUCAGCGCCUGUACCUGGCGUUAUCCAAGACUCAUACGAUCACCAUCGAGUAUGCUCUCUCAGAUGAUGCGAUGAUCGAGGCGGCCAAAUUGGCCAAGCCCAAUCUCAUCAUAUGUCCGUUUCUGACAUCACGGGUACCCCGGGAAGUCUACGACAACUUUCUCACGCUCAUUAUCCAUCCCGGCCCUCCGGGCGACGCCGGCCCAAGUGCUCUCGACUGGGUAAUUAUGGGAGAUGAUGGCUCAGAAGCCGACUCUGAGAACCUGGUACAGACCAAUGCUUGGAGCGAGUUUGGACGGCCCUACUGGGGUGUCACCGUCCUGCAAGCCGUCGAAGAGUUCGAUUCCGGACCAGUGUGGGCUUUCGAGCAGUUUCCUCUACAAAUCGAUUCACCCACCAUCACCAAAUCAAGUCUCUACCGUGGCCCCGUUACAAGAGCCGCCCUGACUGCCACCCUCGCCGCUAUUGACAGAAUCCAGGCAGCUUCUAUACAGGCCGCUUCACCCUACACUCCCCCGCCCUCUCCGGGCAAGAACAAGUUCUUCCCCCACCUUGUCAACCCGUUGCUUCAAGCAGACCCCACCUUCCGCGACGCCUCGGUGACACUACAGAAAGCCUUCCUCGGAGGAGUCACGCGUCAUCGGCCGCUCCUCAAAGCAGCUCAGCGCGACUUCGAUGUCCAGUCACACACGGCUCGGGAAAUAUCCCGAAGGAUUCGGUCAUCGGAUUCCCAGCCCGGCUGUCUGACGAAGCUGUUUGGGCCCAGCCUCUACGUAUAUGGGGGAACCAUCGAGGAGAAUGAGGAGCUCACGGCUGGGGCACGUCCUGGAGAUAUCAUUGCCUGCCGUGACGACGCUGUUUGCGUCGCAACAUGCGACGAAAAGGGUAUCUGGAUCUCGCAUAUUCGACGUCUCAAGCGAAAGACGGACUCGAUGCUGUGGCCCAAGGUUCCCGCCGUUUCUGGCCUGAACGAACUCGACGUUCUAGACAAUGACCUCUUCUCCGAAAACCGAGUCUCUCGAGCAACUAUUGACUGGUCUCAAUCCCCUCACAACACAAAGCAGGACAUCUGGAUCGACUUCCAAACCUUUUCAGGUGCCAGGCGGGUGGCGUUCCUCUACUUCGACUUUUACAACGGCGCUAUGAGCACCGAACAGUGCUCUCGCAUGAUUGACGCGCUGGACUUCAUCACAGCCAGCCAUGUUGUGGAACGACCCCUCAGCGCAGUUGUGCUUAUGGGCGGCGACUCGUAUUUCAGCAACGGAAUCGCCCUCAACGUAAUCGAGGCCGCCUCGGAUCCCGCUCUCGAAUCCUGGCUGAACAUCAACCGCAUCGAUGACGUGGUCCACUAUCUCCUGCAAGAGUUCCCAUCACGAAACAUCCUCACGGUCGCCGGCAUCCGUGGCAACUGCGCGGCCGGCGGUGUCGCCCUAGCUGCCGCAUGCGACGUCGUUAUUUCCGGUUCCGAGGUGGUGCUUAAUCCAGCCUACCGUGCCAUUGGCCUGCACGGUUCCGAAUAUCACUCUCUGUCCUACCCCGGACGAUGUGGCUCGGCAGGCGCCACGAAGCUGUUACGCGACAUGACACCGCUGUCGCCGGCUGACGCGCGAAUGAUGGGCCUCGUCGACCACACUCUCCCGGGAACUGGGGCUCUCCUCGACACACGUAUUCGAAAGCACGUCAAGUCGCUCUUGCUCGCUGGUAAGCCGGCCGCGGCGGCCUGGAAGAGCAAUGUUGACGUCUCCCCUGCCGGUCUUGCGUGCGCUCGUGCUCAAGAGCUUGGGGAGAUGUCCAAAGACUUUUGGAGUGCGAGAUCACAGAGAUAUCAUCUUCGCCGAAGAGACUUUGUCCGCAAAGUGAAGGCCGCCAAGACACCCCUGCGUUUCGCGAUACACCGCCGAAAAGUGGAUGAGCUGGACGAGGAGGAGUCGGACGACUUCGAUGAUGUCGUCAUAUUUGAGCGCAAGGCCAGGGCCACUCUCUUGGCCGACAAGCUCAAGGAGUACGUUGAAAACAUGACUUCGGCAUCCGCCCGCAAGGACACAAAUUCAAGCAACGCUGCCGUACACGCGAGAGCGGCGAGUGAGAGCGUCAGCAAACGAGAUUUGAGACCUAUCUUUUCGUGCUAUUACGAUGUCACCGCCUGA